GGAAAAGAAAAAGGAAAAAUGCUCCCCCGAUCGCUCCUCCGAGCAACCACCGCCGCAGCGCCAAUGAGACAAUCGCAGUGGCAGCUCCCCAUUUGCCGGAGCAUGGCUACGAAAGUCAAGAAACCAGUCAGCCCUACCAAAGGAAAGAAACCCCAAGCGAAAUUCGAUCCCAAGGACAAGAAGCCUGAAGAAAUGCAGGCGGCGAACCCAGAAUUUUCUCUCAAAGAAGAGGCGGAGCUCCGUCGUCGUCAGCUAGCGGAGGAUGAGAAGAACCCCGCUCUUGACGUGGGCCCCAAUGGGCGCCCUCUCUUCACCUCUAAAUCUUCUCUCUCUUUGCUUACGAAAGACGAUACUAACACUUACUUCAAGUUCAGUAUGGAGGAGUUAAAAGAGGUGUUGCCAGAAGGCUUGCCAAUGGGAAUGAUGAAGGAAUUUGAGGAAUCCAGCAGGACUGCUUUGCUGGUGCGACAAUGUUUCAUAGACCUCCGUGAUAAUUUCAGACGAGCUGCUGAUCCUUCUUUGGUGGUUAAUUCUAAAGCUCCCAAAGCUAGAAAGCAAAUUGUAUUAGAUGGUCUCGUAAGUUGUGGGAAGAGUAUUGCACUUGCGAUGCUUGUUCACUGGGCCCGCAAGGAAGGUUGGCUUGUUCUAUAUGUCCCUAAAGGUUGGGACUGGACGCAUGGUGGAUUAUUCUAUAAAAAUCCUCAGACAGGUAUGUGGGAUACCCCAGUGCAGGCUGCAAACAUUCUGCAAGAUUUUUUGAAGUACAACAAGUCUUGUUUGCAAGGUUUAAAGUGCAAUAUACACGAUCCAAUUCCAUUGGGAGAGGGUGCUGGCGUUGGGUGGCCGAAGGGUAGUGAUAAGAUGCCAGUUUCCGAAGAGACAACUCUUUAUCAACUUGUUGAGGCUGGACUCAAUAACACACAUGCUGCUGUUGGAGUGCUAGUUCGAUUGAGGAGGGAAUUAUCAAAAGUGACAAGUAUGCCUGUCCUUAUUGCAGUUGAUCAAUAUAACAGUUGGUUUACAUUCACUGAUUACGAGGAACCAGUAACAGUUCGUUCUUGCCGACCCGUUCAUGCUAGAGAACUCGCUACUGUUAACGCAUUUAGGUCAAUGAUGCACGAGGAUAUGAUGGUGGGUGCCUUUUCUCAUUCAACUGCAGUAGGAAAAUUGCGUGAAGAAUUGCCGGAUGUUCCCGCUGAUGCUCGAAUCCAUUUGCCACGAUACAGUGUGGAUGAAGCUGAUACCGUCUGCCACUACUAUCUCAGGCAAAGACUAGUGAAACGUGAUGCAUUUUCGGAGGAAAAUUGGAAGAAGAUUUUCUUCUUGUCUAAUGGAAAUGGAACAGAGAUGAGAUACUUAGUUCCUUUCAUGCGAUGACCCAAGAAAAUGCUCAAAUCCUUCUUGCUGACAUUUGCUCCAGACUGAACUAGUUUCCUUUUAUGCUUAAGGAGCAACAGAUCUCACUUUUUAAGUGUGUCCUGCAAUCAAAAGAGACAAAGAUGGCUGGGAGCAUUUCCUUUGCACUGAUGAAAAUCAGAAAUUUUAUAUGUAUCCUUGUUUGGACUGGGAAGUCACCCGGUAUCCUUCCUUGGUUUACACUGUUAGGACAUUGUACGAGACUAAUUUUUAUGCUGAGUUAUCAACAAAUGGUAGCAUGCAUUGUCCCGUCGAAUUAUUUAAUCAAUGAUUAGCAAGUGUCAAUUUGUUCAAGUUUUCCGACA